UUCCCUUCCUCCCUCAGUUCACUGCCGUUUUGAAGAUCCUUGUUUUCGGGGUCUGGUCCGUUAAAAGUCCUUCUGCCGGACUCUCUGGGACAGUCCAGACCUCGGUGGAUCCACCAGGAGGUUUUUCUCUCAGCUCUGAGUCUUCUUCAUGAAAGAUGUCCUCUGUGGGGGCGGAGCCAGCAGGUGACCUAAGGUUACAUCGCUUGUUCGUCUGGUUUGAUACUGAAACAGCUGCGGUGGUGACCAUCCUGCUGGGAUUGUUCCAGGUGCUCCUGUCCGUUCCUCUGGGUUAUUCUAAUGUUACACUGUCGUUUCUCUUCAUCCUGCCACUCGUCAUAGGAGUCAUCAUAGUUGCAGGAGGGUCAUUGACGGUGGCCAAUGAGAGGAACCCAAGCAGACUGCUGCUUCAGGGCUGCGCCUGCAGUCACGUGGUCGGCCUGCUGGGAUCGAUACUGGCCUUCUGUCUCUACUGCUACUGCCUGAGUCAAGUGCGCACCAUCCACCCCUGCCCCACCUCAUCCUCAGACAUGGAGUAUGUGCCAGCCUUCUAG